UCUCGCGUCCGCAUUUAAUUUUGAAAGUGCUUGGCGGAAGUGGUAUUGUCCACUGUAGUAUGACGCGAGAUGUUCUCAAAAGUGUAGGCAGGUUGCAUUCCGUUGCGUGGACGCUAUGAGUGGUUACGGUCCUCCACUUCUGCGCCGGACCAAUGUCCCGUCCGCAGCCGGACAUCUGCACCUUCCCUCGGUCUUGCCGAGCGACGGAGCACCGCCACUCAUGGACGGAAUUGUGAGGAGGAGGUGCGGCGCAGGUGACGGCAGGGGGGGGCGCGGCGCGGCACGAUGGACGCAGCCACCGCCUUCCGAUAUUACUUCAAGCACCCGUGGUCGCGCAUCACCGUGGCCUACCUGGUCAUCUUCCUCAACUUCCUCAUCUUUGCCGAGGACCCGUUGUCCCACAGUCAGAAGGAGGCGCGCAUCGGCGUGGUGGGCAACUGCUUCUCCUUCCUGUUCAGCAAGUACCCAAGAGCGAGGUGGAACUUCGUCAAAGGGGUGUGCUGGAUACUGGGGAUUUUCACCGGCCUCCUCGUCGGGAAGUUUGUAGUUCACCAACAGCUUUUUGGUCGAUACCUGCGCCUGACAGUGUUCCGCGAGGAUCAAGGGUCCUGGAUGACCAUGUUCUUCACCACCAUCCUCUCGCUCUUCAUUUUCUCGCACAUCUACAACCUCUUCCUGCUGAUGGCUGGUGGCAUGGAGCUUCACAUGGUGACGGAUCAGAUGGGGAUCAGGAACGCGACUUUUAUGAAGAUCGCCGCAGUGGGUACUUGGAUGGGGGACUUUGUCACUGCGUGGAUGGUGACAGAUAUGAUGCUUCAGGAUAAUAAUUACCCACACUGGGGGAAAGCCGCGAGAAGGUUCUGGAAACAAGGCAACAAUAGGAUUGUCCUCUUCUGGACCGUGCUCGUCACGCUGACGUCAGUGGUGGUUCUCGCCAUCGUUUACGACUGGAUCAACUGGGACAAGCUGAACCGAGGGUUCUUGCCCAGCAAUGAGGUCUCCAGAGCCUUCCUGGCCUCGUUCAUCUUGGUCUUCGACCUCCUCAUUGUCAUGCAGGACUGGGAGUUCCCUCACUUCAUGGGCAACCUGGAUAUAAAUCUGCCAGGUUUGCCGACUGCGCAGGUGCAUUUCAGGCUUCCCCUCUGCAGAAAUAUUAUCAAAGAGGAGUACCACAUUCAUAUCACAGGUAAGUGGUUCAACUACGGCAUCAUCUUCCUGGUGAUGAUUUUGGACCUGAACAUGUGGAAGAACCAGAUCUUCUACCAACCGUACGAGUACGGCCAGUACGUGGGGCCCAAAAAGGCGAUCUUCACCGUGGGGAAGCCAGACACGCUCAAGAAGUUCAACCGCAGCACGCUGACUUUCGAGUGGCGCUCCGCCAACGUGGACCCGAGCACCAACCGGGCCUACGUCAAGCAGGACUUGUUUAUGCACAGCCGCUACAUCGGGGCCAGCAUGAAGAUCAAGUGGCUGGCGUUCAUCCCCAGCCUGGUGGCCUUCCUCGCCUUCGGCUUCUUCAUCUGGCGGCUGGGUCGGUUCGAGAAAACAAAGACUUUGGAGGAAGACCAAGACAAGAGCUACGAGAGGAUGAUGAGGAAGUCGCCGACAGAAUAUAACGAGAUGGCCCCCUCCCCCGAGGAAACGCAAGAUUUCGGCGCGCCCGACGGCCUCGAGCGUUCGGGAACGUCCGCGCCGCACUCGGCGGACGGAGAUCACUCGGCGGCCAGCUCGACCGACUCUCCGGAAACCCGAGAGGCGCAGCCCGGCGUCGCGAUCGACGCGGAGCCCCCCGAGGAACCGGACGCCUCUCAAGACGCCCCGUUCCUCAUGUGGCUCGGUGUCAGUCAGGACGACGAGCCGCCCGAGAAACCGGACGUCUCAGAAGACGUCCGGACGGAGUCGCCGUGACCUGCGAAUCAGCGAGCCGCGUCAGCCGUUCUGCGUGGAUUUUCUUAACGCCUUCUUGUCAAAGCUAAACCGUUUCGUUAGAUCUUUCCAGACAAGACUUUGGCACGGUGCUUGCUGGGAAAUUUUUGACAUUUCCAGAAUUCAGUGCCUUUUAACCGAGGGCUUUUCCCCGAUUGCCACUGGUCUCAGGUCCCGUUGGUCGCACCUCAGCGACAGUCGUGCCUUGACAUUUCAUACACUUCGCAAAUCUAAACCUCCAUCGCUACGUACUACUUGAAGAUAUUCCACUUGUAGUAUUUAUGACCCUUUACAGUUGUCUUAAGCACACUUUGAUACCAAGUUCAUCUCUUAGCUGUCACCAGAGUACAGUACAGGGGGUCCUCGGAUUAGAACACCCCAGUCAUAACGGCAUUUUGAAAUUCACGUAACGGUGUAAAAAUAUGCGCACAAGGAUCAUUUUUUGUGGUCCAGAUUUUCUGAAUCUGAACCAGGCCUUUGACUUGACUGUCGUAAACCUCGCUUUUCAACUGGAGGAAAGGACUGUUGUGCCGUGAACAGCAAAGAAAACUGCUAUUAUAACCUAUGGAAGGGUUCAUAGUUCCCCACAUUAAUCAUUUAAACACCUCAAUAAAAGUAAAUAAUUUACAGAUUAUUUCAUGUAUUUGGAAGCUAGCAUGUAUGACGUCACUUCCGAACCUGAAGAAGUAGCAAUCGCGUCAGCUGAGACUUUUUAACAGUAACUCAGCAACAAAAACGUAAAAAUACAACGAAGACUCUCCUUGAUUUCCAUUAACAACCCAGGCUAAACAUACCCUGUUCUUUUUCUCACAGUCAAAACAACAUCCCUGACACCAUUUUUUGGGGGUUUUUCAUCACCACAGUGUGACAUCUCAGAUGAACGCUCUUAUUCAUUUGGCACGGUUUUUACACCCGACGGCCUUCCUGACGCAGCCCCUCUCAGGGAGUAGAGGCCCCCCAGUGAGAAACAAACUCACAACCCCUGGUUUACCAAACCAAUGCUCGAACCACUGAGCUACAGGUUCUCUCCUUGACACCACCUAUUAGCCACGGCAUCGGUGCCAUUUUGUGGCAUCCUCAGGCAUUACAGAAGCGUACAUAUAUAUAUGUAUGUACAUGUACGUAAAUGUACAUAAGUACAUUUGUGAUUAGUUGAGGAUUCGAUCCACGGAAAAAAAUUAUGAAAAGGAACCAGGAAUAGGCGGGGUUCACUGUACUGCCUUUGCGUAGUAGUGAUCGACCACACCACGUGGAACAACAUAGGUUACAUCGCUGUUACCCAAGGACCCCCCUGCAAGAUUCUUUUGUUAAUCUUGACCAAAAACACCUUUGAAAGGCGUCGGCCGACCCCAACAAGAAGAUUUUGCUCAGUUCUCACUCUGAAAUAAAAUACGGAUACACUGAAAUGAAGAUCCACCAAUCGAUGAAGACUUUCUACAUCAGCAUAGCCAAAAGUUUUUGGCACUCAAACGUUUGCUUUGCAUUGUUGCUUGUUAUAAGCAGAAAGGUAUGGCAGUAAAUUAGUGCCUCUAGGAUUUGAAUUUGAAAUAUAAAAAGUGAUCACAUUUUCAAUUAUUGUAUUUUAGUGUAACCUUUCAAUGUUAACAAUUCGACCGGCUACAAUUCGCUGUCUGAAAUUCACCGUCUGUGCCACCAGGCAGGGUUACUUCAGGCCAAACAAACAGCCAGCCAAUUGCAGUUACGCUUUCUUAGCAUGUGACGUCACCUGACUAAGAAACCGUCACUGCGAUUGGCUGGGUGUUCGGUUCUGACUUGAAGUAACCUUGCCCUGUGGCACAGUGAAUUUCAGACAGCGAGUUUUAGCAACUAUUGAAAAUGUGAUCACUUUACAUUUCAAUUUCAAAUCCCGUUUUCUGUGGCAUUUCAUAUUCAAAUCCUUGUGGCACUAAUUUACUUCCAUAGAAAGAAUAUUUGUGCCUGAGAAGUCUCGAUGCUAUAAAUUUGACUUUUUACACAUUUUUUUUUUUUUUUUUUACAAUGAAAGACUUUCAAACUUUGAAAAUGCUAAUAACGUUUAGUAAUUGUGCAUUUUUGUCAGAUAUACUAGCAAACUAAAGUAUCAUAAAAAGCUCAUUUUAAGUGUCUACAUAAAGUGUUGCCUUCAGGUCCCAAAAUUGUGGAUUUAACGUGAAUCUACGGGGGUGGCAAAAGUUCACUCAAGUCAUAAAUCUCGAGGUUUAAUUGUA